UAAAAUAGUUGUUGAUGUUAAAUCCUCAGAUGAGUUGUUUACCGCGACAGCCUGCUCUCUGGGUUCCCCCUGAAUGAGUGAGGAGCCGUCUAUGUGAGGAACAAACGAAGGCACGGUCUCAUCUCUCGCGAGGAACGACGCCGUUAUCGGAAUCUCUACAAACAACACGAGAAUUCAUCAUUCACACGUUGUGAACAAUGUCUGAACAAGAGUUGGAUGACAUUGUGCAAAUAACGGUGGAGGACUUUAACCCGGAUGACCGGACAGACAUGCUGGAUAAUCAUGAAGAAGAUGAAGAAAGGGUUCAGAAGAAAAAAAGGAAAUUAAGCAGCACUCAGGAGAAUAACAACAACAACAACAACAACCAAGAUGUAUCUUUGAUUAAGAAUCUGUUGGUCUCAUUUACCGCAUCAAUCAGUCAGCGACUGGAGGGAAUUGAGUCCAAGUUAUAUUCUCUCGAUGCUACAUGCAAAGCCCUUGGACGCAAACUAGACAGCAUGGUGCCGUGUGCAAAGAGUCCUAUCCAGGUUCCUAUGGUCGCAGGGUCUCCUCAGGGGGCCACUCAAACUUGGAACAAAGUGCGAUGUGUUGUUCCACAAACAAAUGUGAUAGUGAGCAGUGAACACCCGAAGGGCACCCAUCAAGAAGACACCCCUCUGGAGAAUCUGCUAAGCAAUACGGUAACCAGGAAGCGUCAGAACACAAUCUUGGUAAAGGUGCCGGGCCCUGAGGAGAGUCAGGAAGAACAAGACAGUGGCUCAGAGGCCAGUGACACUGUCUCUAAUGGUGGCCAUUCAAGCAACGCACAAAAUGGCCAAAAUGUCACACUCAUCACACUCAAUUCAGAAGAUGACUAUCCAGUGGGCACCUGGUUGGGAGACGAGAACAACCCAGAGAUGCGAGUUCGUUGCCCAGUUUCUCCAGCUGACAUGCUCCAUAUCACCACAAACUGCCGCACAGCGGAGAAAAUGGCACUGACACUGUUAGAUUACCUGUUUCAUCGAGAGGUCCAGGCCUUGUCAAACCUCUCUGGCCAGGGAAAACACGGCAAGAAGCAGCUGGACCCGCUCAUGAUCUAUGGCAUUCGCUGCCACUUAUUCCACAAAUUUGGAAUCACCGAGUCAGACUGGUACCGCAUCAAGCAAAGCAUUGACUCAAAGUGUCGCACUGCCUGGAGACGCAAGCAGCGGGGCCAGAGUCUGGCUGUCAAGAGCUUCUCCAAACGCACACCUCGCGGUACGUCCGCAGAGGGAGGCAUGUCAGAAGAAACGGGCCAAAUUGAGACUGCCACCCAGCAGACCUUGCACUACACACUGGCCAAUCAGCAAGUCCAGUUCCACCGUAUCGGGGAGGAUGGACAAGUUCAGGUGAUUCCUCAGGGUCAGCUGCACAUUGCCCAGGUGCCACAAGGAGAGGAGGUGCAGAUCACACAGGACAGUGAGGGAAAUCUCCAGAUCCACCAGGUACAUGUUGGUCAGGAUGGACAGGUGCUACGUGGGGCUCAGCUCAUAGCGGUGGCAUCAGCUGAUGGAGGGGCCACAGCUGUAGAGGGCUCCCCCCUCCCUCCUGACAUCCAAGUGCAGUACGUCCAACUAGCCCCCGUCGCAGAUCACACAUCUGCCGUACAGGCUGCUGAGCUGGCCCCGGCCCUGCAGGCGGACAUCGAGGUGAAAGAGGCCAUUCAGGGGGCCAUCCAGGGAGAGAACGGCGAAAUGGUUCAGAUUGUUACCUCUGUGGCCACCUGAGAGCCCCUUCUGGUUCAACACAGCCCAGAACUCUGCUCCACAGCAUGGCCCGACAAGUCUCGGAGGUCGACGAAAGCACACAGUCUGACUGAUUGAGUCAGAAAGCAUUUUACGUACUGAAGGUUACUGAUAAAAAAAACAGGGAAGAAGCAUUUUUCUGGCUUUUUGUUUUCUCCUGCAAUCUCCUCAGUUCAUUGCCAACCAGAUGUCUCAAUGUGGAACUGUUCGCAGAAACUUGAAAAGACCAAGAUAAUCCAAAAUACACUGUGGUCUUACUGGUGUUUUCGUCACCAGAAGGUCACGGCCCACUGCAGGAGACACAGCGGGAUUCAUGUCUAUCAAGGGAGGACACUACUUAUGCAGAGCAUCACCCCACCACUUCAUCAACACGCAUGCAUCAACUUGGAAAAUAGUUGAGCCACUUGUCUAAUCCUAAAAAACCCAUGAGGGUUUUUUGGAAUCCCUGAAUCCCACCCCUCACAACCAGUACUGUGCUCCCUUCUCGUCAUGUCGUGUGGACUGCAGUGGAAAGUAGAUGUAGCUGAGCACAGCCUCUCUUGGUUGUGAUUACUUUGGUUUACUGUCACUCCCCUUGAUGCAGUCCAUACUAUAUCUCCCAGCUGUCAGCCUGGCCUUCCCUAACUUUGCUCUUCUUGUUUUCAUAUUGCUUUAAUCACACAUCUUUGUUUGUUCGUUUCAUUUAUCAAAUUGUAACAUGCUGACAUUUUUGGGGAGCUAUAAUUUUGGCGGUUUAAGACCAUGUAAUAGAAGAGCUGGUGCCAGUGGUAGGCCGGACAAGUUGCUUGUAGAAAAACCAAGGACACCUUGAAGUUGUUUGUCCAUCCUUGGUGUUGUCUCUGUGAAAGAUACAUUCAUAUGAAUAAAACAUAUUUGUGGUUGCCAUAAAA